CACACACUAGGGCUUGUUCUCCUAUAGCACCGGCCAGGUCUCUCAUUAUUCACAUCGAGUUGUGACGCUGAGAGGUAGACUUUCGCCGACCUUACCCAGUCAAGGCUACAAGGGACUGUCUCCAAGCUGCGCAAUCUUGGUGACAUUGAGGCGCAUCUUGAGCUUCAGUGUGGACGCCUUACUCAAACAAAGUGGCCUGGCCUGAUUGUUUUACGUCCUGGUGGACGAGGAGACACUGUCGGAUUGGAAGACUGUGUUUGCCAGCCUUCCAGCUUUAUGAGAACAUACACAAGGAAAGUAUUUCCACAGUCUGAGCUCGCUCGUUGAUAAGUCUACGGCUCGUCAAUCACUUCAGACCAUGGCAUAUCCUUGCUUCACAAAGGUAUACCGCAAGACGACUUACCCAGCAAUUGACCCCUCGAGGCCAGAGUUAUCAGCAAAGGACAAGACUGUGAUAGUGACGGGCGCAGGCGAAGGAAGCAUUGGCGCUGCUGUCGCCCUGGCAUUUGCAAAAGCUGGCGCCCGCAAAAUCGGUUUAAUAGGCAGAACGGAGGAGACUCUCCAAAAGACAAAGGCAGCAAUCAGUCAAUCAUUCCCCGACGCCACGGUCUUGAUUACCACUGCGGACAUAUCUAGAACGGAGAGUGUCGGUAUUGCCGCACAUCACGCCCGAGCAGAACUGGGAGCCUGGGACGUCUUCGCAAAUUGUGCAGGGUACUUACCAGACUUGACCACGCUCACAGGAGCAGAUGAAGACGACUGGUGGAAAGCAUUCGAGAUCAACGUCAAGUUCUCUGCCCACUUUGCAAAGCACUUUUUACCCAAGUGCCGUCCGAAUGCGACGUACAUCAGCACCAAUGCUGCGGCUUGCCACUUGAGAGCCUCCCACUUCCCCAAGACCUCGUCGUAUCUUGCCUCGAAGUUGGCCAUGGCCAAGCUCGACGAGUACCUGGCGGAGGAGAACCCCAGACUCCGAGUAUUUACGGUCCACCCCGGCGUCAUUGCCACCAGAAUGACUGAGAAGGUCCUGGGUAAUCUCAGUCAGCUUCCGGCCGGCGACUUCUUGGACGACCCAGAACUACCAGCGAAUUUUAUGGUCUGGCUCGCGAGCCCGGAGGCCGACUUUCUCAAGUCGGGAAGAUUUCUGUGGGCAAAUUGGGAUGUCGAUGAGCUGGUUGCCCGCAAAGCCGAGAUUGAGGCUGAUCCAGCGCUGUUCAGAAUCACCAUUGGAGGGUGGCCCUUCCAGCAAGGAUCCUUGAGUGGCCCAUGAUGUAGUGCGAAAGGAGUCGCCCGCGGCGGUGGAGGAGCUUGUCGGUGCAGUGCACACCCUGCCUUACAACACCAGAGAAUGCCCGGAAUAUCUUGGGUAGGAUGAUUUUCAUGUCAGUGUCCGCAGCCUGCACAGAGAAUCGGGAUUUGCUUCCGGAACACGGCACCCAAGGGACACUCCCGAGCUAGAAUAAAAGAGCGAAAAUAUAUUC